AUGGCCGGAGCAGCCGUGGGGAAAGGGCGGCCGGAGCCCGACAGCUCCGAGGAGGAGCUGGACGCGAGGGACGCACCCCAGGCGUGCUACAGGCAGAGUUUGUGGGUGUCCCAAGGCAAGGGAGCAGACGCCAGCCCGGGGGACAAGGACGGGGCGAAGGUGAGGAAGAGGAGCAGGCCGGUGCGCUCCAAGGCCAGGAGGAUGGCUGCCAACGUCAGGGAGCGUAAGAGGAUUCUGGACUACAACCAAGCCUUCAACGCCCUGCGGCUGGCCCUCAAGCACGACCUCGGUGGCAAAAGGCUCUCUAAAAUCGCAACGCUCCGGCGAGCCAUCAACCGGAUCGCGGCUCUGUCGCUGUCCCUGCGCGGCGCCGGGUGCUGCUGGCCCUGCGCCCACCCCGAGUGCCGCGCCCGGGCCGGGCUCCCUGCGCAGGAGCCGGGGCUGAGGGGCAGCCGCCCCCAGCUGCCCUGGGAGCCCGUUCCUGCCGGGGCACGGUGCCCUCCGUCCCCUCUCAGCGCGGCGUUUUCCCCUCAGCGGCAGCUCCAUCACCACGAGAGCCCCAAGGAGAAUCGCGCCUGCGGCUCCGGCGGGAUCCCGCACCCCGGCCAGCAGCGAUUCACGGGCAGCCCGCAAGAGCCCCCGGCCGGGGCUGUCCCCUGGCAGCCGGGCUACUGCCAGGGCUGGGCACAGCAGCGGUGCCUCCCCUCGCACUGA